AUGAAUGGGCAUUUCCAAAGGCUAACUGCUGGGGCAAUAGCACUGGCCGGUGAAGUUGGUACUGUUGGUGUUCUUAAGCAAUUCUACCUCACAGAUGCAGCACUUGAGUUUGGAUUUUUGAGCACUGGGGACCAAGCAGCAAAAGGAAACUAUGGCCUCCUUGAUCUAAUUCAAGCUUUGCGAUGGACUAGUGAAAAUAUUGGGUUCUUUGGUGGUGACCCAUUAAGAAUAACUGUUUUUGGAUCUGGUGCAGGCGGUUCAUGCGUCAAUCUGUUGACUUUAUCCCAUUAUUCUGAAGGUAACCGUUGGAGCAAUUCAACCAAAGGACUUUUUCAAAGAGCAAUAGCUCAAAGUGGAACAGCUCUCUCCAGCUGGGCAGUUAGUUUUCAGCCUGCAAAAUACGCCAGGAUGUUGGCUACAAAAGUUGGUUGCAACAUGUCAGACACUGUAGAAUUGGUAGAAUGUCUACAGAAGAAGCCUUAUAGAGAACUUGUCGACCAGGACAUUCAACCAGCAAGAUACCAUAUAGCCUUUGGACCAGUAAUUGAUGGUGAUGUGAUACCAGAUGAUCCUCAGAUAUUGAUGGAACAAGGAGAAUUCCUCAAUUAUGACAUCAUGUUGGGAGUUAACCAAGGGGAAGGGUUAAAAUUUGUUGAAAACAUUGUGGAUAGCGAAGAUGGCAUAUCAGCUAGUGAUUUUGACUUUGCAGUUUCCAAUUUUGUCGAUAACUUAUAUGGAUACCCUGAAGGCAAAGAUAUAUUGAGGGAAACGAUUAAAUUUAUGUACACGGACUGGGCAGAUCGACACAAUCCUGAGACCAGAAGGAAAACACUGCUGGCUUUGUUUACUGAUCACCAGUGGGUUGCACCAGCAGUGGCUACAGCAGAUCUUCACUCAAAUUUUGGAUCGCCUACGUAUUUCUAUGCCUUCUACCAUCAUUGCCAGACAGAUCAGGUACCUGCAUGGGCAGAUGCAGCCCAUGGAGAUGAGGUUCCUUACGUACUAGGAAUCCCCAUGAUUGGUCCUACUGAAUUAUUUCCUUGUAAUUUCUCCAAAAAUGAUGUCAUGCUAAGUGCGGUGGUGAUGACGUACUGGACAAACUUUGCAAAAACUGGUGACCCAAAUCAACCAGUGCCGCAAGACACAAAAUUCAUCCAUACAAAACCAAAUCGUUUUGAAGAAGUAGCAUGGACCAGAUAUUCUCAGAAAGACCAACUGUAUCUUCACAUUGGAUUAAAACCACGAGUUAAAGAACAUUAUAGGGCCAAUAAAGUGAACCUUUGGUUGGAACUGGUACCUCAUCUGCACAAUCUUAACGACAUUUCACAGUAUACCUCUACCACAACUAAAGUGCCAUCAACUGAUAAUACUUUCAGACCAACAAGGAAAAAUUCUGUUUCUGUUACUUCAGCCUUUCCUACAGCCAAACAAGAUGAUCCCAAACAACAACCAAGCCCAUUUUCAGUGGAUCAAAGGGACUAUUCAACAGAAUUGAGUGUUACUAUUGCAGUUGGUGCAUCUUUGCUGUUCCUGAACAUUUUGGCUUUCGCAGCAUUGUACUACAAAAAAGACAAGCGGAGACAUGAUGUUCAUAGGAGAUGUAGCCCACAACGUACUACUACCAAUGAUCUUACCCAUGCACAAGAAGAGGAGAUAAUGUCCCUCCAAAUGAAGCACACUGACUUGGAUCAUGAAUGUGAGUCCAUCCAUCCACAUGAGGUGGUUCUUAGGACCGCCUGUCCCCCAGACUACACGCUAGCUAUGAGAAGGUCUCCUGAUGAUAUUCCCUUAAUGACACCCAACACCAUCACAAUGAUUCCCAACACUAUACCAGGGAUUCAACCCCUACACACAUUCAAUACAUUUACCGGAGGACAGAACAAUACUCUGCCCCAUCCUCAUCCCCACCCCCAUUCACACUCAACAACCAGGGUAUAGCCAGACAAGACGAAACAAACUUUAUUUUUUGAUGGAUUUCAGUAGGUGAUAUUACUGAAGAUUACUUGGCUUUCAACCUACAAGACUCUUACUAUUUAAAUAUGGAGGAAUAUUAUGUGAAUAUACAUAUCAAGAACUUUUGGGGUUUUGAAAAAAAUGAAUUGUACAUAUAUCAAAUGAACUUAAGAAACAAACAAACAAAACAAAAGAAAAAACAAAAAAACCCAACUGUUUGCAAUUGCUUGAAGCAGUUGUCCUGAAUGAUACUUUUUCAUUCACAUUCAAGUAUUAAUUUUUUGAAGAUUUAAGUUACAUAAUGGAAUUAGGCAUGUGCAACACAAACAGGAAAGAACUAUGACUGAAAAUUUUAAAAACCUAUAAAUAUGCACAAGGGACACACUAAUGGAAUGUCAGAUAAUUUUCACCAAUUUUUAUUUGGACCUGUUUUCUUGUGUAGACCAUAUUUACAUAUUUGAAUAAGUACACAAAGCACCAAUGCUGUUAAGGCCUUAGAAAGGGGCUCAUGCUGAAAUCUGCCAGUCAAAGAAGUUUUACAGCCUGGCAGGUACAACAUUAUCACAUAAGUGCUGUCAGUAUAAAAGGUGUGGGAAUAAAGGAAACUGGAUAUUUUUAGCACGAUGUGCAUGAUAAUUUAUAUGCUUGGUGGCUGUGCUGCUGAUUAAGCCGUAAUUAAAAUUCUUCUCAUCCCAUUGGAGUUUUUAAUAGAAGCUUUCUCUAUCAAUUGGCACAACCUAAAGAAGUUUUUUAAAGGGGCAAAAGUAAUUACAGUAAAAUAUUUCAUGGUAGCUUCAGAAAUAGAAGGAAUUGCAACAGUUCUUAAAGAUACUUAUGGCAUUCUAGGUAUACAGUGGUGAACCCUUGCUGGUACGAAUCCCAGACAAAAAAAUCUGUAUUAUUAAUGUUCUUUUUCCUUUCCACCUAAAUAAUUUCUAACUUUAACAUAACUAUAACUUCAAUGGAGUCUCCUUUGAUGAAGGAUUUAUAAUCUGCUGUGAUUUAGUUACAAUAUAUUCAGUUCAAAUUGGUAAGGUAAAGUGUGUCCAAAAAUUUAAUUGCAAUGAUAUUUUGCAAUAUAAAAAUGCCCCAAUAUUACCGCUCUGAUUACACCUUUCAGUUUAUUGUUUCAACUCAUGUUGCAUGUUACAAAGUUUACUUAUAAUACUUUAAUAUAAAGUUAAUUCCCUUUUUGCUAUACAUUAGCUUUGCCAUUCAAAUGAAUUCUCUAGACCAGAUGGCAACAGUGUAGAAAAGGAGGGUAUGUAAGAACGGGGAGAGAGCCAACAACUGGAAAUUUUAAAAUCUGAAUACUACAUAUGUUUGUGUGAUUUGAAAUGAAUGUUCUAAAAUCACAAGAAAUUUUUCAUUCCCCUGUUGCUUUCCAGUAAUUAUAUACCCUGGUCCUUUCAAAAUGUUUGUAUAUGUAAUCAGAUGUACAUUUAUAUAAAAGAAAUAAUUGAGAUGGACUUAAGAGCACAUCCCUGAUAAAUACUUUCUCUCUUACCUGUACUAUAUUUCUAUUAGACUAAAGUUAUGUGAUUUUUUUUUACAUUUUUUCAAAUUACUAGCAAUUUUGAUAGUUUGUAAGAUAAUGCGAAGAACUUUCUCUGACAAACUAACUGCAGUAACAGAAACAUUUCUUUUCAGUUACUCUUUUUCAAGAAUGAAAGCUUAUUACACACAAAAAUUGUAUACUACUUGAUGGAAAAUUACUUUGUACUUCUUGGCCAUAUUACUGGUCACUGAGUGAAAUAAAGAUAAUCUGGAUAACGAA